UCGCGCCAUGUCGGCCGCUAUGGAGGUGAGCGGAGAUGAAGGUAACCUGAGGGGGGUUCAGCAUGUGGUGCUGGUUCUGUCUGGUAAAGGAGGAGUGGGUAAGAGCACCAUCACUACAGAACUCGCACUCGCCCUGCAGCACGCAGGAAAGAAGGUUGGGAUCCUGGAUGUGGAUCUGUGUGGUCCAAGUAUUCCGCGGAUGCUGGGUGUCUCCCAGCAGGAGGUUCAUCAGUGUGACUCCGGGUGGGUUCCUGUGUACGCGGACCCUCAGCAGCGUCUGGCUCUGAUGUCCAUUGGUUUCCUGCUGGAUGACCCUGAUGAAGCCGUUGUCUGGAGAGGACCCAAAAAGACAGCUCUGAUUGGUCAGUUUGUGCGUGACGUGGCGUGGGGGGAGUUAGACGUGUUAUUGGUGGACACGCCCCCCGGAACGUCUGAUGAACACCUGGCCGUGCUAGACAACCUCCGUAAACACAGAGUGGACGGAGCGGUGCUGGUGACCACGCCACAGGCGGUGUCUACAGGAGAUGUGCGGCGUGAGAUUACGUUCUGUAAGAAGACCGGAGUGAAGAUUCUGGGGAUCGUAGAGAACAUGAGCGGCUUCGUCUGCCCACACUGUUCUGAGUGCAGCAGUGUUUUCUCUAAAGGAGGAGGAGAAGAGCUGGCUAAGCUAACAGGAUCAGUGUUUCUAGGCUCCGUGCCCCUGGACCCCCUCCUCACCGCCAGCAUAGAGGAAGGCCGAGACUUCCUGCAGGCGUUUCCAGAGAGUGCCACCUACAGCUCACUCAGAGCUAUAGCAGAGUCAGUGCUGAACAGCCUGCAGGACUGACUCCACAUCAGCACCGCUGAGGCCCGUUAAAGCCUGUUAAAGCCUGUUAUUCACAGUUUCCUUCUCAGCCUGAAUAUAUUCAGUCAGCCAAGACGCGGUCACUUCCUGAAGUUCACGUCUUUAUUCUUACACAAAAAGACGAACACCGUUCAGGCUGCGAGCGUCCGCUGCUGUUUCGGCCGCUGCUGUUUCGGCCGCUGCUGUUUCAGCCGCUGCUGUUUCAGCCGCUGCUGUUUAGCCCUGUUUAUAGAUAAGAGCAUGUCAGAAAUCUGUGAUUCGUGACUCCAGACUUAUGACUCGUGAAAUUUCAGCCUGAGUCAGCCAGCAUAUAUCGGUUUCCCUCUGUCGGUCCACCCUUGGACCACCCAGAUUACUGUCCUGCAAACAAGCUCUACAGUUUUUAAUCUCCCCAAAUAGAUUUUAAAGCACAGAGGCUUUUAUUUUGGAAAAUAAACUUUGCAAACAACCGCUGUUUAAGCAGAGUAUUAGACAAAAUUCCACGGAUCAUCACUCAUCUUUCACUCAGUCCAGUUUACUGAUUUUCCUUCCUUCCUUUCUUUAAACUCUGUAAAUUGGUAAAUAAUUCUAAUCCAGCUCAGCGUCACCAACAUGUCCUAUAAAAUCAUUUUAUAUCAGGCCUAAUCAUUAUUUUUUUUCCCUCAGUUAUUUGUACAAUUUGUGUAAGUUUAUUUUCCAAAAGUCUAAAAAAAAGUCUUUGUUCUUUAAAAUCUGUUUGAGGAGAUUAAAAACUGUAGAGCUUGUAUGCAGGACAGUAAUCUGGGUGGUCCGAGGGGGGACCAGCAGUGUCAAACAGUUAGCGGGGUGCCGACCUUGUCAAACCAGCGGACCGAUAUACGCUGCUAUCAGGGUCUGUCUGUCAAACUUAAGGGUUUUCUGCACUGAACAGCUCCUUGUUUGAACCGGACUAGUUUUAGCUACAGCUACGCGCUGCCUGCAGCUAACGGCGAAGCUAAACCAGCGUCCUCGACUCGACUCAGACUCACUGGAACUGACUUGUGAACACAACGUGAGCAAGUCUAUUUGAGAUUAUUAAAGAACUCCACAGAGUCUGAAGGAAGUGUGUAAGGAUUUAGGCACUGUGCUAAUUGCUAAUCAGCUUCCAUUACUUGUGAGCUGCGUUAGCCUCGUAGCUCCGGUGCUAAAACAGAAAACUAAAGAAAUUUCAGACACCAAGCUUGGCUGAUUGACCGCGUGUGGGGUGAGGUGGGAAACUGUGUGAAUGUGGGUUUAACGGUCACUUUAACGGUCCAAACCAGUCGCUCUUAUCUUUGCUCCUGGAGGUUUAACGCUGCUGGUUCUGCUACGUCAGCUACCCAGCAGCCCGAGCGGGAGCAGCAGAUGAGUGAGGAGUGCUGAGGAGUGAGGAGUGCUGAGGAGCGCUGGGGAGUGAGGAGUGCUGAGGAGUGCUGAGGAGUGAGGAGUGCUGCGGUGAAGGGUGUCAACUGACUGUUUUUGGAAAGAGAAAUGAAACUCCAAACAUCAGAACAGCUUCUUUCAAUCACACAGUUUUUUCUAAAGGGGGAUUUUCUACUGAGCUGAGAAAUAAAGAAAGUCAUUCAUUGUGGUUUGGUGUGAAAUGGUUCAGUUGUCUUAUCAGUGGUGGCGCUAGGAGCCAGACGUCUACAUAAAAUGGCUAUAUCUGUGUUGUAGUCAUGGUGACCCCUGGUUCCUGUCACCACCACUGUAAAGACAUCUGAACCAUUUCACACCAAACCACUCUGAAUCUCUCUGAUUACAUCUUAACUGUUGAAUUACGCACAUUUUGGACGAUGGACUUGCCCCUUUCAGUUCUGAUCACUUCAUAUUCGGUUUAUAUAUUAAACAGACCAAACAUAAAGGGCUGUUUUCUUCACAGCUUGUUCCUGUGAUCUUUCCUGAAGGUGCAUGUUUGGUGUCUGAAGUUCACUUCUCUGGUUUUAGCACUGGAGCUGAAUAUACACUGUGAAAACAAUGCAGCUUUUCAAGUAACAUUAUCUUAAAUAUAAUCAAUAAAUCUAAUACAGAUCGUUUUAAGCUUAAUUUCUGAUAAUAACCUUAUUAGUAGGCAUUUUUUACUUGUUGUAAUUGUAUUAAGUAAAGUUAUCUCACUAUAUUGGCAGAUAAUUGUGCUUGUUGUAAGAAAUGUGCUUGAA